UGUCGUCACGGGGAGACUUGUGUCACGUAACUGACGCAGACGCCAGAGGAGCGGAGUGCAGGUGACAGCAGCUGUUGUUGUGCGGUGAUGAUGUAAUGCUGCUCCGGAUGGCGGUGUGCGCCAGGCUCUGUGGAGUGGGGCAGUCCCGGAGGUGCAGGCGGCGGCAGCGGCACAGCCAGGCGGACCAGGACAGCGACUCCGACAUGGAGAUGGAGGAGGGGGAGGAAGAAGAGAGGGUGGUGGGCAAAGCGAAAGAUGAGCCUGACGGCAGCGGUAUCGGCGGCGGCUGUCAUAGUAGCUGCGGCGCAGGGCCUAGUGGAGCCGGUUCCGGAGCCUCGGCCUCGGGCUCCGCAGGGCCGCCACACCCGCAGUCUCUGCUCGAUCUGCCGCCCGAGCUGCUCGUGGAGAUAUUUGCGUCUCUGCCCGGCAUCGCGCUGCCCAACCUGGCGCUGGUGUGCAAGAAAUUCAGGCAGAUCCUGAACACGGAAACCAUCUGGAGGAGGAGAUGCACUGAGGAAUUUGGUAUGAGAGAUGACCUGAGGAAGAUGGAGAUUGUGGGAAUAUCGAGCCGAGAUUUGUAUGUGAAACGUGUGAACCCACAGGUGAAGUCAGGACGCUUUAUGAAGCUCCUCCCCGAUUAUGAGCAUAUGGACUAUCGGGACGUGUACACUAGGCUUGGGCGAUAUUACGUGUUGCAUCCUUAUCGGCAUAUUCUGGGUCUCUGGCAGCCUGAUAUCGGGCCCUAUGGAGGACUGCUGAAUGUGGUGGUUGAUGGGCUGUUCAUCAUUGGCUGGAUGUAUUUACCGCCCCAUGACCCUCGUGUGGAGGACCCUAUGCGCAGACGACCUCUUUUCCGCAUACACAUGUGGGAGAAAAACAAAGCCACAGUAGAAUGUAUGUACGGACACAAAGGGCCUCAUAAAGGAGACAUUCAGACUGUGAAGAAAGAUGAAUUUUCCACCAAGUGCAACCAGACCGAUCACCAUCGAAUGCCUGGAGGAAGGCAAGAGGAGUUCAGAACGUGGUUGGAGGAGGAAUGGGGACGAACGCUGGAGGACAUUUUCCACGAGCACAUGCAGGAGUUGAUCCUCAUGAAGUUCAUUUACACCAGCCAAUACGAUAAUUGCCUGACAUAUCGGCGGAUAUAUCUGCCUCCGUGCCUCCCUUCAGACCUCCUGCAGCCAGGCCUCUUCAAAGGGACGUAUGGCAGCCAUGGCCUGGAGAUCAUCAUGCUGAGCUUCCACGGCUCCAAGGCCAAAGCCACCAAACUCACCGGUGAUCCGAAUGUCCCGGCAGGUCAGCUGACGUUGGAAAUUGACCUGCAGCGUCCCGUGCGUCUGCCAGACCUGGAGCAGCAACGCAGUAUGGAGGAGCUCUCUCGCCUGGUGCUGGGAGUGCACGAGGAAAUACAGAGAGCCUCACAAAGUCAGGGCGUCCAAGCGGAGGCAGCAGAGUCAGAAGUAGAGGCCUCAGAUUCAGCGCCCCCUGCUGGAGCGGAGGACGAGGAGCCUGCAGCUGCUGCCGCUCCUGAAACUCAGGCUUUCGUGCUGCCGCUGGGGGUCAUGGCGAGAAAUGAAGUUUACCCUCGAACAUGCAAGAUGUGUUUUUACGGAACUGGCCUGAUCGCAGGUCACGGCUUCACAAGUCCAGAGAGAACGCCGGGUCUGUUCGUCCUGUUUGAUGACGAUCGAUUCGGCUUCAUCUGGCUGGAGCUCAAGUCCUUCAGUCUCUACAGCAGGCUGACCGAUCAGCUGACCCAUGCUCAGGCUCCCAGCAUGCAGCGCUUCGAGAACAUGCUCCGCAACAUGCAGUCCUGGACGUCCUGAUAGAUCACAAACACGUUACACGCUCGCACUUCGGCUCACAUUCGCAAAUGGUGUACACUACCGGUCGGAAGUUAAAGAUCAGUAUGAUUUUUUUAAGUGUUUAAAAAAUUGUGCUUAAAAAGGCUGGAUUAAUUUAAUUUAAAAACACCGUAAAACAAACCACAAAAAAGAUAAUAUAACAAUUUAAAAUAACUGUUUUUGAAUUGAACAUGUUUUAAAAUGAAAUUCCUUUUUUAUUGUGAUUCAAAGCAGAAUUUUCUCUCUAAUCUUUCUUAUUAUUUGUUUACUUAUUAGUAUUAAUAAUAAUUAAUAAUAAUUGAACAACAAUUGAACGCAUUCUUGCCAACAUUCCCAUUUUUCCCAGGAGUCUCCAAUAUUUCAGACCCAUCUCCCACCACCCUCCCAUUUUGUUAUUUCUACCGGAAAACUCCCGUAAUUUAGUUCUCAGCCUUUUGGUAGUCUGUAACACCUCCGGGUUGCCAACUUCGGUAUAGUAUCCGAUCGCUGCAGCCGCCCGAAACCCGUUCACUAACACUACAGUAGUUACCAACCCGGUUCUCAACUAUGUUAUUGAGACAAACACACAACCACCAGCCCCGCCCAUCCCUCAAGACAAAUGUUGGCAGGUAUGAUUAAACUUGUCCUUCAUGAAUAAAACACAUUAUUAAUGAUACUUCAGUUUCCAUAAAAAUUAUGAUGGUUUUCAACGCUAAUGAUAAUAAUAAUAAUAUAAAAAAAAAUGAUCAUUAUAUUAUAAUGAUUUCUAAAGUAUCACGAGACACAGAAAUGAAGACUGAAGUGAAUUUAGCUUUAAAUAAGACUAAUAAAUACAUUUUAAAACAAUAUUCAGCAAUAAAAAUAUUUUAAAUUGAAAUAAUAUUUGAGAAUUUAACAAUUUUUAUUAUAUAAAUGUCUUUUUUUUAAAUAAAUAAAAAAAUAACCUUACUUGUUAUUGGUACUUCUAAAUGGUAAUUUAUCAGUUUCCACAAGAAUAUGAAGCAGCCCUACAGUUUUCAACACAUAAUAAUAAUUUCUUGAUUACCAAAUCAUCAUGAUAUAAGGAUUUCUGAAUGAUCAUGAGACACUCAAAUGAAGAAAGAAGUGAAUUCAGCUUUAAAUAACAGUUAUAAAUUACAUUUACAACUAUAUUCAGUAAGAAAAAUAUAAUUUUAAAUU